CAGUCUUGCAAAAAUGUCUCGAUUUUCCCGCUACGACAGCGACGAGGAUCGCCUCCCCGAGGGCAUGACCCGCGUUGGCUACGAUGCCGACUCCCAAGUCUACACGUUCCAAGACGCCGACGGCAGCCUCUGGGAAUCCGCGCCGGGCAACCAGUACGGCCGCCUGACGCGAGUCUCCGGGCCAGCCGACGACGCGAGCGACUCGGAGCCGUUCCUGGAGUCGCAGACGCCGAUGCCCAAGACGUCGUGGCGGCACGACAUGAUGCCGCUGCUCAACUUUGGCGUCCUAGUCGGGCUGUCGCUGCUGGUGCUCUUCUGGUUCAUUGGCCGGCGGGCGCCCGAGGAGACGCUCGAGGUGGUUGUCAAGUGUCCCGGGCGGAGCGUCGCGGUUGCCGAGGGCGAUACGUGCUGGGAUUUGGCCGAGGCGGAGGGCGUGAGCGUGGAGGAGAUUGUGGCGAUGAAUGCUGGGCUGGAUUGCGGCAAGCUGGCGGUUGGCUAUGAGGUUUGUCUCUCGGUGUGAUGUGAUGUGAUGGGGAUGAUAUCAUUGGCGGUGCACCGUGAUUUUGUCUGACAUGCUUCUUUUUCCUUUGUUGCCGUCGUUUUCUUGUUUCCUCAUUCACCAUGUUUGGAAGUGUUUGUCUUCGUUCUGGUUCUGCAGCCUCUCUUACCAUCUCUCUCACUCUCUCGCUACUAUGGGCAUUCCUCGUCGUCAUCCAGUCAAUCUGGCGAGCUUCAAUAGGUCAAACACACCUAGACAGCUAGCGCUAAUUUAGCAUCUCCCACAUCA